UCAGUCGGUGUGGCUGUGAGAAAAUUUUCAAUUUGUGCGAGAGAUUUUUUCUUCCUAUCGCCAUGGAUUUCCAUAGCUUGUCAAGGAGAGAACUCCAAACACUCUGCAAGAGGAAUAAGAUACCAGCCAAUAUCACUAAUGUUGCCAUGGCUGACGCUCUCUCUGCUCUUCCAUUGGUUGAAGGAAUCGAUGAGUUUUUGAGCAGUGAAAGAUCUGGAGUGCCUGAAUCGCCAAUGAAAGGAGAGGUUGUUUCCUCCGAAAUUCCUCGAACUGAAUUGAGAACCUCGACAAGAAGAAAAGCCGUCAAAGAUGAUCCUAUUACUACUCGAACACGCCGUGCAGCUGCGGCAAGAGGAACAGAGGAGUCAGAAAAUAGAGAUCUAAAUGUGACUCUGACUACUCCGUCUUUGCGGAGUAGCCGGAGAAUAACGGCGGGGGCUUCUUCAGCUUGCAAGAAAGUAGAUUUUCAGAUGACGGUUGAUGAGGAAGAGGAUAAUGAUUUGGAUCAUGAAAAGCCUGUGAUUGAAAAUACGCCUGCUGUGCCUAAAAGCCAGAAGAGAGUUGCGGGGGCCUCGACUAGUAAACGAACUCAGACUCGGAACAAUGGAGCUAUGGAGCCACGAGUUUACAGUACAAGAAGAUCCGUCAGAUUGUUGGAGCAGACCAUGGAGAGCUUGAGUUUAGCGGAAGACAGGAAAAUGGAGCCAAUUACUGUCCAUAUGUCGUUCGAUGAAAUGCCUAACAGUGCAGCAAUUCGUGCAGGACCCGUGAAGGAGGAAACGAAAUUGGAAGUAGAGUCAAAUAACACCGAUAAAUCAGAAAGCAAAUUAGAUGAAGAUUUGGAGUUAGAAACCAAUGAACAAGAGAAGAAUGAGAUGGAGGAACCACAAAUGGACCCUGAUGAUUCGAUGAAAUGUUCUGCAGAUUCAGUGGAGAUUUCUGCGGAGGAAAUCAACGAUUCUGACAAACUUUCUCUGGAUUCUGAAGACGUGGACUUGACUUUAGUUCACCACUCGAGCAUCGAAGAAGAAUCCGGUAUGGAAGUCCAAUCUAAACAAAACGUGACUAUUUUUGAAUUAGAACAUAUAAUUGAAGAAGUCAAACCCAUGAAUAUUUCUGCCGAAGAAUCGUCUCUGCCCAUUGAAAAUGUGGAAGAGGAAACCCAAGUUGAUGAUGUCUUGAGCAGCGUUGAAGAAUCUGUCAUGGAGUUCCCUGAGAAUGUUUCUGAAGAUUUGGUUGAUGUAAAGAUCCAAUAUCAAAUGGAAGAAUCUCCUCCUACUGACACAAAUGUCGACACUAUCGAUUCACAUCCCGACAUACCCAAUGACAUUCUUCAAUGUGAGGAAGCUUUGAUCGAAGUGUCAGUUUCCUCCAACAACAAUGGAAUUCAAUCAUUACCCUCUUUAGCAGCUGCCCAAUUGGCAUUGGCAAACCAAUUUCCCAGGCCAUCAGUUGUAGAAACUAAAUCAUCACAUAAAGAACAAGCCACCAGGCUGCUAAUGGACAACUCAGAUGCUGAAGAAGAAGCCAAUUGCACUCAGAAACAAACCGUGGAGAAAAACGACAUGAGCCUGAGACAGCUGAGAAAGAUGUUCAAGGAACAACUCCAACUUAACAAAAAGAAGAUGGACAACAAUAAUAAUAUCAACCCAAAAGUUAGAACUGCUUUACAGCCACUGCCAGAAAACAGGAUGGCCAUGGAUGGAUUGGAGAAGCUAUUUUAGAAGGCUUUUGAUGGUGGUUGAAAGAGACAAACUGUGGUUUGCCUUGCCUCUGUUCUUGAAUUUGUAUUAUUCCAUGAUGUUUUUUGAGGUAAACAAUUAGUUUGUCUUGUUUUUUACAUGUUCAUCAUUUAAUAAUGAAUGCCUUUAUACAAUUAGUCAGUUAGUUGAUGGCAUCUUAAAGGAUUAUAUAGACAAGGAUUAUGUAUACAAGUAGCCAUGGAUGGGUUGGAGAAGCUAUUUUAGAAGGCUUUAAUGGUGGGUGGGUGAGAGAGACAAACUGUGGUUUGCCUGCCUGUGUUGUGUUCUUGAAUUUGUAUUUUCCCAUGAUGUUUUUUGAGAUAAACAAUUAGUAGUUCAUGUUUUUUCUUCAUCAUUUGAUCAUGAAUGGCUAAAAUCUUUAAUUCC